AUGGCACAAUUCACAGACCCUCAGACUUCACCUGUCAUGCCUCAUGGACCUCUACAGUCCCUUACGGCUCCUCAAACUUCAACCGAUCAGCAAGACAUCGAGAACGAUCAUGCCGACCCAGCAACACCUUGGAAGACUCAAGGCUGGCGCUUUUGGGCCGUCUUUCAAGGACUCUGUCUGGCUAUGCUGUUGACAGGCUUGGAUGCAUCCAUCCUCGCCACGUCGUUGCCAACCAUUGUCUCUGACCUCCACGGCGGCGCACUCUACAUCUGGACCAUGAACGGAUACUUCCUCACUACCGCCGUUGUUCAACCGUUGAUGGGACAAGCCGCUGACAUUUUCGGCAGGAGAAUUCCUAUGCUCGUGGCUCUGUCAUUGUUCACACUCGGGAGCGGACUUUGCGGCGGAUCAACUUCUUUACCUAUGCUUAUUGCCGCGCGCCUCAUUCAGGGCUUUGGGGGAGGAGGCCUGUUUGUCAUGACGAACACCAUCAUCGCCGACCUUACCCCUUUGCGCGACCGCAUGAAAUAUGUGUCUCUGGUCAUGAUUUUCUUCACCCUAGGCUCUUUUCUGGGUCCCAUCAUCGGCGGUGCUAUCGUCGACAACACGACUUGGCGUUGGGUCUUCUACAUAAACUUGCCCAUUUGCGCGGUCGCCCUCCUCCUUGUCUUCCUCUUCUCACGCGUCAAUCACAAACGAGAGGGCACGAUUGCCCAACAACUUGGACGGGUGGACUACUCUGGCAACUUCAUUCUCGUAUGCGCUGUCGUCUCUAUUCUCAUCCCGUUGACAUGGGGAGGCACUACCUACAGCUGGAAAUCAUAUCAUAUUCUUUUGCCCCUUCUGGUUGGCUUUACUGGGCUUGUAUUGUUUGGUGUACACCAGGGAAAGUUCGCCCGUGAGCCUACCAUGCCUCUUCGGGUCUACAGCAACGUGUCUUGUGCUUUGGGCUACGGUAUUACCUUCCUGCACGGCAUCAUCCUCAGCUGGCUCAGCUUCUUUCUUCCAGUAUACUUCCAAAUUCUACUCGAGUCCACCCCCCUUCAGUCUGGAGUCAAACUUCUCGCCGUUGUCAUUCCUCUUGCCCCCGCUGGUAUGGCCGGUGGCAUCGCUAUAGCCGUCACCGGUCAUUACAAGAUGGUCAUCGUUGCCGGCUUUGUCCUCCUGUCAAUAGCGGUCGGCUGCAUGACCACACUGGAUGCCAACUCCUCCACCGCCAUUUGGAUCGUAUUUCAAGUUCUCGCCGGACUGGGCGGCGGCCUCUCCCUGACUGCUACCCUGCCCGCUGUCCAGGCACCAGUGCCUGAAUCAGACGUGGCCAUCGCCACCGCCGCGUGGGCCUUCGCGCGGUCUUUCGGGGCUAUCUGGGGUGCCGCCAUCCCUUCCACCGUCUUCAACUCUCGCUUUGACGAGCUUCUCCAUCUCAUCCCUGAGCCGUCAGUGCGUGACCUUCUCGCCCACGGUGGCGCAUACGAGCAUGCCAUCCGCUUGUUCAUCAAGCAGUUUGACGCUCAGCCAGUACUCAAGGAACAGAUCAUCCAUGUGUAUACUGAGGCGCUCAAAAGAGUUUGGAUCGGGUUAAUUCCGUUUGCUGUUGUUCCCAUUGGUCUGGCUCUCUGCAUAAGGGAGGUUGAGUUGAGACAAGAGCUCAAAAUCGACUUCGGACUGAAGGAAACAUCGCAAACCCAAGGUUGA